UACCAACCAGUUCUUUGCUCGAUCCAAGACGUCAAGUUGGCGGUGCAGAUCAAAAGGUAGACAGACAGCGAGCUACCCCGUGAUGGAGCGAGGGAAAAAGCGCCCGUCUUUUGUGCCCACAUGGACCCAACUUUCUCAUGCUUCUUGCCUCCUUGAGCUUGAGGAGUCAGCCGUGGCCACUGGCCAGCGCACAGGAUGACCGGAGGACAUUGCUGCAAGGAUUGACCACCCCUUUCUCCUGAUCAGGAAGCACACAGACACAGGUCGUCAGUUCAGGACGGCACUGGUCAACGUGCUGUUGUUCGACGUCGGUGUCUCUGCCCAUCACAGCCACACAUCACACUCGCACAGGUCAGGCUCCGACAUCCGAGGCUCCGAUCCGAUGCCAAGUUGCCAGUCACUCGCUCGAUCCGACUGACAGGUUGGUCCCACGAGCACCCACUCCACGGGCGCUUAAAACACACACGACACGACUAAACGAUAACACGAGCACAUUGGCAUCGCCGCCUCCCUUGAGUUGAGCUCCGCUUUCGCUUUGCAUCGGGUUCUCGUCCGCUCGCCCACCGGGAUGGCGGCGGUGUGGAAGUGGAAGCAUGCCGUCUUCCUCGUCCUCGUCACCAUGAUGCGCCCGCAGGCGGCCGAGGCCGGUGGCGCCGCCAACGCCACGGCGGCGUGCCCGCUCGACCUGGGCUACGUGGCCACGCUCCCGUGGGACCGCGCGCCGUGCGAGCCGCCCGUGACCAACGGCACCGCCUGCUGCAUGACGCUCCUCUCGGUGUUCGCCGUGGGCCUCGCGUCGCGGCUCCGCGCCACGGGCCGCUUCCGCCUCCCGUCCGCGCGGGCCUCGGCGGCCUGCCUCCGCGCCUUCUCGGCGGCGCUCGCCGCGCCGCCGCUCUCGCUGCCGGCCUCCCUCGUGCCGGGCUGCUUCCCGGUCCAGUCCCAGUUCGCCAUCUCCCCGGACUACUGCGCCGGGGUCACCACCGCCGCGGAGUACGUCGCGGUCGCCGGAAACGCCUCCGCCGCCGGUCUCAACGCCUCCUGCGGCGCCGACGUCACCUCCAUGUCGCUCUGCAACCGAUGCCUCGCCGCCGGGGUCGACGCCUCGGCGCGCCUCACCGCGGCCGCCGGCAACGAAUCCAAGUCCCUCAACUGCUUCUACCUCACCGUGCUCUACGCGGCCGGGAUCUCCAGCUCCGCCGGCCCCGAGUCCCCCGUCACUGCGAGGUGUGCCCUCGGCCUCGCUCUCUCCACGCCUCCCCCAACCUCGUCGCCAACCUCUAGCUCCGCCACCCACACCACCAACAUCGCAGUAGCCGCCACCGUCCCGAUCGCCUCGCUCCUGCUCGUCUCCCUCGUCGCUCUCCUCGUCUGGAGGUAUAGGCAUGAGCUCUCCAAGGACAGACGGAGCAUCCAAAUCUCGGAGGAGCGGCGCUCGCGCCCGCGGCCAAACACCGGCUCCGUCAUGUUCGACAUCUGCGAGCUGGCGAAGGCGACCGGCGGUUUCGCCGAGCGCAACCUCAUCGGCCGCGGCGGCUUUGGAGUCGUGUACCGCGGCGUGCUCGUGGACGGCACCGUCGUCGCCGUAAAGAAGAUGCUCGAGCCCGACGUGGAGGGCGGCGACGAGGAGUUCACCAACGAGGUGGAGAUCAUCAGCCACCUCCGGCACCGGAACCUGGUGCCGCUGCGCGGGUGCUGCAUUGUCGACGCCGACGCUGACCCCGACCCCGACGAGGGCAAGCAGAUGUUCCUCGUGUACGACUACAUGCCCAAGGGCUCGCUGGACCAGUACAUCUUCGACGACGCCCAAGGCAGGCGGCGGCCAGCGUUGUCGUGGGCGCAGCGCAGGACCGUCCUUCUGGACGUGGCCAGGGGGCUCGAGUACCUGCACUACGGCGUCAAGCCGGGGAUCUACCACCGGGACAUCAAGGCGACGAACAUCCUCCUGGACGCGGACAUGCGCGCGCGCGUGGCGGACUUCGGCCUCGCCCGGCGGAGCCGCGAGGGCCAAUCGCACCUCACGACGCGCGUCGCCGGCACACACGGCUACCUCUCGCCAGAGUACGCGCUCUACGGGCAGCUCACCGAGAAGAGCGACGUGUACAGCUUCGGCGUGCUGGUGCUCGAGGUGAUGAGCGGUCGCCGCGCGCUCGACCUGUCCGACCCGUCCGGGGUCGUGCUGAUCACCGACUGGGCGUGGGCGCACGCCAAGGCUGGCCGGCCGGGGGAUGUCCUCGCCCAGGCGCUGCGGAAGGAGCCGAGCACCAGCGUGGCGGCCAUGGAGAGGUACGUGCUUGUCGGGAUCCUGUGUGCCCACGUCACGGUGGCGUUCCGCCCGACCAUGCCGGAGGCACUGAGGAUGCUGGAGGGGGAUAUGGACGUGCCCGACCUGCCGGACAGGCCGCAGCCGUUCGGCCAGAGGAUCGCGUUCGACGAAGGCGAAACCAAUUUCAGCGCCUCAUCGAUUCUGAGCGGCGGCGGCCCAUUCGUGGACUUUGGAGACAUGCUCAGGUGAUGCACGAUGGCAGCGGCGACGAUGGUUGCGUGCAAGAUGAGUAUCCACAGUUUUCACAUGCUGUGCCACACUGCCGCAAGUGUAUGGUUAACUGGAUUUCAGAGUGAUGUAUAGCGUUUCAGCUAAUGUAAAUGGAUUGUAUGCAACAUAUAGUGAAAAGCUAACAGCGUGUUUGGUUGGAUGGUUU